AUGCGUCCCACGUCCCGUCUGGCAUGGAUUCGGGGUUGGACUGUCCCGAUUAACUCCAAAAGGGUAGACGGCCUGCCCUAUUCAAAGAUCAAGGCUGUUUGUCAACAAUACCGCCAGCGACUGCUGGCCUCCCGCACGGAACCAGUUGCUCCCCGCGCCCUUCCUCCAGCCACCUUGUUCCAUUUUGGACCGACCCCCAGCUACGUGGUCAGUCCACAACUAGCGGCUCGGCUCACCACCUCUGGCUUGUCGUCGCUGAAGUCAAAUCUUAAGGUCUACGAGUUUGAGUUCACUGGCAAGACUAGUCCUUCCGACGCAAACUGUACGGAUCUCAAAGAGCUUGAUUGCACUCCAGAGGUCCUCAUUGAUCAGAGCCUGCGCGGAGAUCGGGCUGUCUACUAUGGGAGGGGCCAGAUCCAUGUCGUUGGCAUGGUAGACAUGCACAGGGUUGAUCUGAAGCAAAAGACUCAGUAUGGUUCGUCUGCGCAACUUCAGAGUCGACUGGGUGGGAAGAUCCUGCGGAAACUUAGACUGAACCCCGAGAGACCGGCAUCCAAUUCACCUGACGGCCUUAGUUCCUGGAUUUUUUUCAACACGAACGGAGAGCAGCAAAAGAUCGGCCAGUUCAGUGCGGAAAUUGACCAUUCUGAAGGCAUUGCAACCACAUCGGUCACCCUGAAUCUUUCCGUGCCUAUGCCGGGCUUUGACCCGGAUAGGCUGUGCCCACAUACCCGACUUACAGAAUCCGGGAUUGGGACCGGUCCGGUUACGACUCUUUGGGCAUCUGAAGGGAAACAAAGCCCGGACGGCGAGCCAUUAUUCGGGGCACCCAAGGCGCCAAGUCUCUGCCUCACCUUCCUUCUUGGUGUCACGAGGGAUGCCAUGGGUAUUGGACCGCUCCCGGAGUAUAUGGACCAUUCAAUUGUUCUUGGCAAGAGUGAUCCAGAUCUCGAAUCCAAUGAUGAGGAAGAGGAAGAGGAUGAUGGCGAAGUGGAAUGGCUCAGAGAGGAAUUCCUAUAA